GAAUGGCUUCCAAGCCUUGUGGUGUCUGUAAGAUCUUGAAAAUAACUUGUGAACCAACUUGCGUAUGCAAACCACAUUUCCCAUCAGGCAGUACAAGAAUUCAAGAUGUUCAUCAAAUCUUCGGAGCCGUGAACGUCCACAAGAUCCUCAAUAGCCUUGGUGCUGCAGAACGUGAGAUUGCUGCCAACUCUUUGUGCUAUGCGGCUGAGGCUCGUAGACGUGAUCCUAUUCAUGGUGUUCAUGGCAUGAUACUACACUACCAAAGUAUUCUCAAUGAUCUUGAAAAAGAUAUCAUAGCUGCAAUGAAUACGCUUGCAACUACCGUGGGAUCCGAUCAAGUGCCAAAAUAUUUUGAUAUUCCAAUUCCAAAUGAUUUCCUUGCUACACCAGCUUCUUUGGAUUCUUAUAUUGAGAAAAUAAAGAGUCUAACCACAGUUGAAAAGAAUCAACUUAUGCAAUUCUGGAAGAGAGCCGAUGGUGCAUCAUCAUCUGCUGGGCCAUCUACUGCUUUAGGUGAGAAGUAUCAGUGAUACUCAAAAGAUUUACCUCCAUUACCUGAAAACCAAAACCAAUAAUAAUUUUAAUCAAAUGUCUUUUGUUCCCCUUUGUCUUUAAACUCCAAUUUCCAUUAUAAGCGUCUCUAUCUGUAUCCUUUGUUUCUUACCAU